GGUUAGGAUUAGAUCAUACUUAUUGUUAACGCCAGGUGUCAUUCAUCAUUAGUCCAAUAAUUCAUCAUGACAUGAGUCCAAUUGCCAGAUUUUAGUUCGUGCCGACGUGCUGUUGCAUUAAAAUUAAAAAAUAAUCAACUUAUUUUGCCUCUAAAUUCACUUCAGCAAAGAGGGCGGAUCCAAUCCCUAAAAUCUAUAUCAAUUGUCAACGAAUCAACCUUUCAAGAUCCAAAAUCUCUUACCAUUAAUGUGUAUCAAUUGAUCUUUUACACGCCCCAAAUCGUGCCUCCACUUUCCACAGCUCCAAGUUCCGUCAUCGGCUGGAAAUAUACAGUAGCUAACUUAAUUCUGUAUUUUGUGCAGAAGUUGCAAGAAUAUUGAGGCUGCAAUUCGAUUUUACGUGACAUUUUGUUUAUUCUUGGUUUGUGAGCUGAUGUGAUUGGCUUCAAUCUGUCAAGAAGUUUUGGAGGAUGAUUUGCUGUAGCUUACAUGUUUUCAUGUGCUCUAUCUAAUUGAAAUUUGACCUGCAUUUGCAAAUUGUUGUAACAUCAGAUUUUUGAGUAGCUACUGGAAGUCUGGAACGCAAGGUCGAUGCUUGGAUAUUCUAGAAUUGUGUUUGCUUGAAGAAGACAGAAAUGAAAUCUGUUUCGUUUAAAGAAUGGCAAAAAACUUCAUAUCCGAAGGCCCUUCUAUCAAUUAUUGCUUCAGUUGGAGGGCUUGCCUUAUUCUUACUGCUUGCAUCAACUCUGUUGGUCUCACAACCCAUUGGCUCUACGAUCCGUGGGUAUUUCUAUGGUGUUAAUGGCCCGAGAAAGCUUGAUUCAGAAUCCUCCCUCAAUCUUUCGGCUGCUGAGUCCGAUCACAUUGUCCAGCCAUUUGUUGAAGGAGACAAAUCAAAUGUAACUGCUUUUGCAGAUCAUCAGAGUGAAGUUAAUGAUGGUUCCAAACUUGAUGAAUCUGGUGAAGGUGAUAGCAAGGGAACUUUGAUUGAAAGAGCUAAGAAUGAAACAUCUGAGUCAGGACAAGUAGAAUCUGAGAAUUUGGAGGAUAAGCGUGACAGUAUGAAUACAUUGUUGCCUGAUAAAUCAUUUGAGGGAAGUGCAUCAGUCGCCUCAGGUGAUAAACCAACAGUAUUAACAGAGAGUGUGGACUCUUCUGCUGCUGUCACCAACUUAAGCCAACCUAAUGUUGCUGAAGCAGUUGGUUCUUCUCCUGGCGAUACUUAUGUUGCAGAGUGUGAUCUUUAUCAUGGGAAAUGGAUUCAUGACGCAGCUGGACCAUUAUAUAGAAAUGACUCCUGUCCCAUAAUCACUCAAAUGCAGAACUGCCAGGGAAAUGGAAGACCAGAUAAAGAUUAUGAGAACUGGAGAUGGAAACCAUCCCAGUGUGACCUUCCUAGGUUUGAUGCAAGGAAGUUCCUUGAGCUAAUGAGAGGAAAAACAUUAGCUUUUAUUGGUGAUUCAGUUGCAAGAAAUCAGAUGGAGUCAAUGCUGUGUAUCCUGUGGCAGGUUGAGGCCCCUAAAAACAGAGGUAAUAAGAAAAUGCAACGGUAUUAUUUCAGAUCUACGUCUACAAUGAUUGUUCGCAUAUGGUCCUCAUGGCUUGUUCAUCAGACAUCAGAACCAUUUGAUUAUGCUCCUGCUGGUGUGACUAAGCUCCAUCUUGAUGCGCCUGAUGAGGGCUUCAUGGAAUAUAUCACAGAGUUUGAUGUGAUUGUCCUCUCAUCUGGCCAUUGGUUUGCGAAGCAGUCAGUAUACAUAUUGAACAAUGAGAUUGUAGGGGGGCAAUUAUGGUGGCCAGAUAAGUCCCGACCAAAGAAAAUUGACAAUAUUGAGGCUUUUGGAAUAUCUGUGGAAACAAUUCUUACUACCAUGGGCACACACCCAAAUUACACUGGUAUAACCAUUGUCCGCAGCUUUUCUCCAGAUCAUUAUGAGGGUGGAGCAUGGAACACUGGAGGAUCGUGUACUGGGAAAGAAAGGCCCCUGGAAGGUAAAUUUGUUGAAAAUGGUUUUACCAAUAUAAUGCAUGAGAAACAAGUCAACGGAUUCAAUCGUGCAGUGGAGAAAAAGACAAACAAAUCGAAAAUAAAAUUGAUGGACAUAACAGAAGUCUUUUCAUAUCGCCAUGAUGGGCAUCCAGGUCCAUAUCGAAGCCCAGAUCCAAAUAAGAUAACUAAGCGAGGGCCAGAUGGUAAGCCCCCACCACAGGAUUGCUUGCACUGGUGCAUGCCAGGUCCAGUAGAUACGUGGAACGAGCUGGUAUUUGAAAUUAUAAGACGAGAAUCCUUUGACGGACAGUAAUUUUUUCUUGAAUUAACUCAUCUUUGAUUCUGUUAUAUUAUUUUUUACACGGCAGAAGUGUUUUUGUCCCUUAGGCCAUAGAAUACUACUUUAUAUUAGAAAAUUUUCUGUAACUUAAUGGAUGAAAUUAGCCCUAUCACGUUCAUCUUUGUACUCUUCUUAUCGAGGAAUAUUAACUUAACAGACCCUUUCUGUAAUUGUAAGUUAUCUUUUGCUUC